AUGGCUCUUGGUUUUGAGAAAUUGACAGAGAAGAUGAAGCACUCGUCGAAGGAAGAGCACUCGGACGACAGAGAAAGCGGUAGUCACGGACACCACGAAGGCAAGACAGAAGCUCCUGUCAGCCCUGUACUAAUUGAUCGACCUGGUGCCUCUGACACGAGCAAACUCGAUGGAAAAGGAUUACAAGUCACUAUAGUCGCAAGCCACUGGUACGGGAAGGUGGUUCACUCGCUUGUGGAUGCAUGCUCGAAAGAGCUACUGGCGAAAGGGGUAGAGGAAGAUUCUCUACACCUCGUGGAGGUCGCGGGUGCGUUCGAGUUACCUUUCGCGGCUGCUCGCCUGAUCGACUGCAAGGAUAAGAGCCGCCGGCCGGACGCCGUGAUCUGCAUUGGGUGUAUGGUUCAAGACUCUACGCACAUGUGCGAGAUGAUGAGUCAAGCCGUGGCACACGGAAUCAUGCAAUUGAAUGUGACGUCGGAUACGCCCGUCAUUUUUGGCGUGCUCAGCUGUGCCAGCGAGUCGCAAGCUCAGUCGUGUACGAAGAUGCAAUCAUGCUGCGGUAUCGACGAGAGCCACAAGUGCAACCACGGCGUGUCGUGGGCACAGUCGGCUUUGCAAAUGGCACAUCUAAAGCGUUGUAGCUCGGCAAAGGAGAUGGAGCGUUGCUGCUGCACACGCUGCGUAGGCCGUGGCAGUGGCAGUGGAAAGAGUGGUGAGCGUAAGUCCGAGAAGCACGAGUCUAGCAAGCACGAAUCGUGUGCGUCUUGCAAGUCAUCGCCAGACGAUUGCUCGUGCAAGGACUGCAAAUGCUUUCCGUGCUGCGCUAAGCGCGAGGCGUGUCGUGGUUGCGGCUGCCCACCAGACAAGUGCUCAUGCCAUGAAUGUGAUUGCUCUGCUGGUAGCACCAAGAAGACGGGAGCUGUAAAGGCGUUGUCAAGUGAGCAUGGUACUAAGCAGGAGGCCAUGAAAAACUUGUCAACCGAGCGCGCCGGUCAUGAGGAAAGUUCGUCAAAAAGUGAUCGAAGCUCGGUCAGAUGUGUCCGUUGUGGCAGCCAAGUAGACGACUGCAAGUGUGGUUUGUUGCAUUAA